UCAGGCGUAAAUAUAUUGCAAAGAGGUUGGAACAGCGCAUGUUUGAUUUAUUUUAUUUUUAGCGCCGUCUACAAAUUAUUCGUAUAAGCAGUUCAACUUUCAAACAUGACAGCUUCCACUGUAGGAGUAGUUGUUCCUCGCAACUUCAGACUUUUAGAAGAGCUGGAAGAAGGUCAGAAGGGUGUUGGAGAUGGAACAAUAAGUUGGGGCCUAGAAGAUGACACCGACAUGUCUCUUACGCACUGGACUGGAAUGAUCAUUGGUCCACCAAGAACACCAUAUGAAAAUCGGCUUUACAGCUUAAAGUUAAUCUGUGGAUCCAGUUACCCUGAAGAACCACCUGUCUGUAGAUUCCUCACCAAAAUCAGGAUGGCAGGUGUCAGUGAUACGAAUGGGUUGGUUGAAAAAAGAAAGUUACCUGUGCUAAAUCAAUGGCAAAAAACAUAUAGUAUAAAGACUGUACUACAAGAUCUUCGUAGAGCCAUGACUUUAAGGGACAACCAGAGAUUGUCUCAGCCACCAGAAGCGUCAACAUUUUAGUGUGAAUAUAAAGAGUCAUUAUGUUAUAGUUCAAAUUAACGUACCUUCCUGUAAGUUUCCAAUUCUUUGAGCUUUGAAGUAAAGUUUGCCUGUCAUGUAUUAUGUAACAAUGGCACCAAACUUCCAAGUCUUUCUGGAUACAGUUGUUCAUUUAUCAGUUGCGGGUAUCUGUUAUUUAGACAUUAUAACUUAAGCAUUCAGUAUCGCGUCAAAGUUACAGCAUAAAGAGAGGUAUUUAACAUAAGUAUACAUAGUUAAUGUGAAAUUAUAACCAUGUUGUUAUAACUAUUUUUACAAAAUAACUUAGAAGCCAACGUGUAUUGAACAGGAAAGGUCUUUUUUUUUUUGUCUUUAUCAUUUUCUUGCUGCUGUUUCAAAAUGGUUUUAAAUAUUCUGGAACUACAUGAAGCUUUAAUAUUUGUUGUUGAAAUUUCUAAAGUGGAAAAGUUUUGUAUUAUAACAUAAUAAAGUGGAUACAUUUGCUUUAGGUGAACAUGGGGGUCAAAGUAAAUCUCCUAUUAAAAGCUGGAGGAAUUGGGGACUGAAUUCAGUGUUAUAUUUUUUUUGUUAGUUUAAGGUUCUACGGUCGUUGAUUCGACACUGUGUAUUUGUUAUAAUAACUAUUCCCACACUUAUUGCUUGACUAGGAAAAAAUAUUUGGAUAACUUGGAGAAAACUGACACCUCCAGAUACUGACCAUUAGUCUUUAACUUGGAUACAUGAUAAGUAUUAAUAUAAUUUAUCAUAUUUUUCACCCAAAUGAUUGUUAUUGAACACUAAUAUUAAUAUUUCAUUUAUUUGGAAGACUUGCUGUGUAAUUAAUAUAAUAUUUUGUGAAAUAGCU